AUGACAUCAUUCAUAAAAGCAACAACAAAAGACGAUAAUAAUAACGAUAAAAGAUCUAUAAGUUCUAUGUAUAGUGGACAUGAUCUUCUGAUUGAUGAUAUAUCAAAAAAAGAUUUAAAAAACAACUCAAGUCAUAAUAAUGAUAUGUUACAAAAUAAACCCAUAGAUUCAUCAUUACUCUCGAACUCGUCCAUGCAAGAAUCAAGCAUGUUUGACAAUACUGUUCAUACAUCAAAAUCAUUGUUAAGAAGUAAACAAAGUUUAAUUAAUGAAGAUCAGGACAAUCAACAAUCAAAUGCACAAUCAACAAUUAAUAGAACUAUUUCUCUAUCUAAAAUCGUCAUUGAAAAUGUUCAAACACCACUUAUCUCGAUACCUCCUACUUUUCUAUUAUCAACUAUUAUUGAUGAUAACAUUCACAGUCAAGCGAUACAACCAUUUGAGAAUAACUUUCAAUCUAUGUCUGAGAAAACAGAAUCUUCGAGUACAUUAUUGUCAACAACAUUUGAGGGAGAAAAUCAAUCAAAUAAGACGCAAAAUCAACAUACUAUAGAAGAAAAAUCUUCUUCAAAUGAAAGUACUUCUAAUAUAAAUUUUGAAAGCAUUGCUAAAUCAGAGCAUUCAACUAUCAGAUAUGAAAAGUCAGAAGAUCAUCCAAGUAUACAUUCAUCAUUUCAAAUUGAAGAAAAGUCUAUUUUAUCGAAUAUAGGUCAAAAAUCUAUUCAUGCAAUUUCAUUUUUUAGUCAUCAAGAUAACAAUCAUUCAUUGGAAAAAACAAAAUCAUUAAAAAAUGAAAGCUUAGUUAAACAAUCACCAUCACUUUCUAAUAAACAAUUAUUGAUGAAUGUCAAUAGUGAAAUAAAGAAUUCACUUGAUCAAAUUCGUCCUUCAUAUCCUAGUAAACUUGACAACAAUAAUCAAGAUCGAUUUGACGAUCAAAAACCUAUUAAUAUUGAAAAACAUUCUUCGUCACCGAUUAUUACUUCAGAUACUAAGCAAAUGGAUCGAUCUUCACCAAUAAAAAUAAAGCAACGAUUAAUAACUUCGACAACUAAUUCUAUAUUACCAUCAUCUUUUGUCGAUGUUAAUAUACGACAGCAAGAUAUACAACCUUGGAUGUCUUCAUCAGAAAGUAAAAGCAAUAAAUCGACAUUAGAUGAUGUAUUACCUUUAACAUCUGAAGAAAUUUCAAGACCAAAACAAGUCUCCUCAUCCAAUCUUGUUCAGCAAAAUAAUCGAACAUUUGACUAUCGUCAUGAAAUUAAAAAUGAAAAAUUACCUUCACAAUCAGUAAGAAGAGUAGCAGAUGAUAAGCCUCAUCAGUUGAAUUCGAAACAACAAGCAUCUAUUAUUAAUACAUUAAUUCGUGAUAGUAAACCUUCAUCAUCAAUGCCGAAACUUUUACUAAGACGAUCUUCGAUCAAACAAAAUUCUACUUCUUUACAAAUAACCAAACCAAAUACAUCAUCAUCUAUUACAGAUGUUAGUAUAUCUUCAAGUAAUACAGGUAUUACUGAUCAUUUACGUAGUACACAUUCAAUAAUAAGUGAUCAAGAAGAAGUUAUAUCAUUGAAAAAAAUAAAUGAAAAAAAUAAUUCUAAAGAUAAAUUAAUGUCAAAAAUUGAUUCGAUUUCUAAACAUAAUAUAUUAAGAAAAAAAACACCACAAUCAUCACAAAAUCAAUCAAUGAUAUCUUUAAAUCGAAAACAACAAAAUAUUGAAAGAUCAAAGAUCAAAUUUACAAAUAAUUCUUUAUUAACAAAUUCAGAAUUAGCAUAUGAUACUGAACAAGGAUCUGAUGUAUGGAUGAAAAGUCAUGAAGAUAUUAGUCAAAUUUUAAGUAUUAAUGAACAACAUGAGAAAAAAACAAAUAUUCAUAAACGACAACAAAAAAAGCAAAAUAAAAAUCGAAUAAUUGAUGGUUCAAAAUUUAUGCCUUUGAACUUAAAAGCACGUGCUGAUCAUCAAACUUAUACUGUAGAUUCUUCAAGAUUACCAAGUAUUGAGCAAUCAUGUGGUGAACAUUAUCUUCAAAAGUUAUCAAAUUAUUAUCUUUCUCGUCGUCCAAUUAUUCGUCUUCCAGUAACACAAAUAGAAAAAUUUGAAUGUGGAACUAUUGGACCUCAUCUUCAUCCUUCGUCAAUUGCUCGUCAAUUAUUUUAUUUACCAUCAAUUCAAAAUCGUCAUCAUUUAUCAUCUCAAAUUUAUCAAACAACUGAAUCACUUACAGAUCAAUUUUAUUCGUUUAUGUCAUCAGAAAAUAUUGAUGAUAAACAAGCAUUUGAAUCCAUACUUAAUUGGCAACAACAACAUUCGAUACAAAAAACUGAACAGAGUAAAUUUCAGCAUGUAUAUUUGUUAGAUCCAUCAACAAGCAAUACAGUUCGUGGUAGACAAUAUCCUAUCUUAACUGAUGAAAUCGAUAUGAUUGAUGAUCCAAAUGCAUGUACUAUCGUUAAUAAAUGGGCUUUUGCUGAUUUAGUCAAUGCUGAACGAGAAAAAUUUAUUCAAUUAUCAACAGAUAGAAUUACGAAAUCGAAAAAAAAAUCAAAUCUAAAUAAUAAUAUUAAAAUAUGUUUACGAAAACGACCAUUAACACAAUUUGAACAAAAUGUAUUCAAAGAAGUUGAUAUUAUAAGUAUUGUUGAUUCACAAACUAUAUUUCUUCAUAUACCAUCAAUAACUAUUGAUAAUCAAGUAUUUAUUAAAAAUCGAAAAUUUAAAUGUGAUCAAACAUUUGAUGAAAAUUGUCAAAUAAGUACUAUUUAUCAUUCAACCCUUGCUCCAUUACUUGAUCUAACAAUUAAUGGUAGAAAUUGUUUAUGUUUAAUUGGUGGUGGAAAAUAUUCGGGUAAAACUUAUCUUCUUCAUUCAUUAAUUGAUUUAUUUGCAUUUGAUCUAAUUCGUCUUUUAUCAUCAUAUGAUAUCUAUAUAAAAUUACUUGGUAUAUGUCAUAAUCGAAUAAUUGAUCUUUUACAAAAUUAUUCACCAAUACGUAUUAUUAAAUCUAUGAAUCUGACAUUAAUACCAAAUGAUGUAUUUCAUUUAAAAAAUGAUAAUGACAUUGAUUAUAUAGCAUGUCAAAUAAAAAAACGUCGUCGUUUUAUUCAUCAAUUAAUACAAAUUAAUUUUCAUGAAAAAGAACAGUCGAUAAUAUUAGGCUCAUUAAUGAUUGUUGUUUUAGCUUCAUCUCAAUAUGUUUAUACAAAAAAUUUAUGUUCACAUAGAAGAAAAUUUUUAAUUAAUUCAUUAAAUAAAACAACUUUAUCAUUUAAAAGAGCAUUACUUGAUAUUCGACAAAAUCCUAAUCGAGUUCGAGCAGCAUUUAACAAUGAUAUUCUAACUCGAUUGAUUGAACCAUAUGUAUUUCAUGAUCAAUCAAAUAUUUGUUAUAUUGGUACACUUAAUCCAGGUCAUCGACAUCGUAUUGCAACGAAAUCUACAAUUGAAUUUGCUCGAAAUCUUCGAAUCUGUUUAAAACGUAUCAAUAAACAACGUCGAAAACGAGAAAAAUUAUCUCGAAUGAACACUAAUAAUAAUAAUAAUACAUUUUAA